GAGACGGUCAGCGCGCCCGCUUACGGCAAGUUCCUGGAGGACGUUUUCGCGAACGCCAAGCUGUCCCUACUGGUGGCAGGCAACAUCAACUUGGGGGCGCUCCGAAGAGAUCGCGCAGGCCGUCGAGCACGCGCUGGGCGUGACGCGCGACCAGCCAGAGGCGGUGUACGAUGGGCACGUGCAGAUCAUAAAGCCCAAGGAGGAGCUGGAGAUCCGCGUCGCCAACCCGAUCGCCCAGGAUCCCAACUCGGCCACGCUGGUUUCCUACCAGCUCGGGGUCCCCACCAUCGCCGACCGCGUGCACCUCAGCAUGAUCGGAGAGGUGAUGGACAGGCCGGUGUUCGAGGCCCUGCGCACCGAGCGGCAGCUCGGCUACGUGGUGUUCGGCUACGUGAGCAUGCACGGGCCCGUCGUCGAGGUGCGCGUGCUGGUGCAGGGCUUUCGCGAGACGCCCGACGUCGUCGAGGAAUUGAUCGAAGACACGGUGCAGAAUUUGACCGCCCGCAUCGCUGGGAUGUCCCACGAGGAGUUUGUGACGCGCAAGAACUCCCUGCGGGUUGCCUUGACACAGAAGGCGGCCACGAUGAGCCAGUUCUCCGGCCGGUACUGGAGCCAGAUCUCGGACGGGGACCUCUGCUUCCGCAGCAGGGCUCUGCAGCUCGCGUACCUGGACAGCGAGGAGUUCUCAACGCCCGCGCCCCUGCUCCAAGCCUGGAAGAGGGCCAUAUCGCCAGCGGCUUCGAGGAAGCGGAUCGUGGUCAAGCUCUUCGGCGCCCCCGCGCCAGGCGCGCCCGCGCCGGCGCUCGAGCGGAGCUCGACGGCAGGACUCAAGGUCGUGACGUUGCUCAAUUCUUCCUCGAUCGCGGCACAAAUGAGCGACGAGAGCUACUGGCCUCACCAGUCGUUCUGCCAGCUCGCGAGCUGA